AUGAACGCGGCGGACCUAUUCACCGCACGAACCCAGACGUUCGUGCACGGACAGCUGUGCGCGCUCGGGAAUCUCGCGCGCUCGGGCCCGCCGCGCGUGCUCCUCGCAGGACCCGAUGGAAGCUCGAUCAAGAGCAUCGCGUUCAACUACGCGUACGCGCUGGCCGCGAGGGGGCAGCGCUGCCUGUUCGUGUGCCUCCGCGACGACGUCGAAGCGGACCCCCCCCUCCUUCCAGUAGGCGUCAAACCCUCCGACCCUGCUCUCGACAAAAUACGCAUCAAGUACCUCGGCUCCGCGCCGCACGACGCGAGCAAGGCGCGGCCCGGCGAGCAGGGCAGCGUGUCGCGGGACUUCAGCGCCUUCUGCGCCGCAGUACACCUCCUGCCGAGUGAGGACCUCCCCGCGUGCAUCAUUGUCGAUCCCCUGCCGGAGCUCGCGCGCGGGAGGGUGGCGCCGGCGAACGGGAGCUCGUACGCGCCGGACGCGCAGCUGAUGCGCUCCCUGGCGUACCUCACGGACGCGGCGGACGCGGUCAGUGCUCGGCUACCGAAAGGGGUCUCUUGCGGGAUCGUCGCCACUGCGCAUUGCGGGCCCGACGGGCCGCAGCCGCUGGCGCUGAUUCGCCGGUGGCUGCCGGACGUCCUGAUGGCGGCGUCUCUGCCGUCCGGCAGCUUCGCGCUGGCUCCGCUGGAGUCGCUGUCGAACUUUGUUGCGUCGCGGCGCUCGAGCGGCGGGUUCCAGGACACCGCGGGAGUGAACGGCCCCGCCGUCCUGUACACGGUCAACAAGGACCACAUAGCCGCGUCGGGGGUCAUACGUAGAUAG